AUGGUCUCUCUUCGUUUACAAAAGAGGUUAGCUGCCUCUAUCCUCAAAUGUGGUAAGGGUAGAGUUUGGAUUGAUCCAAAUGAAAUCUCUGAGGUCUCAAUGGCCAACUCAAGAGACAACAUCCGUAAGCUCGUUAAGAACGGUUUCAUCAUCCGUAAGCCAGUUGUUGUCCACUCACGUUCCAGAGCAAGAGAGCACAACGCUGCUAAGGCUUUGGGUCGUCAUCGUGGUAUGGGUAACCGUCUCGGUACCCGUGAGGCUCGUUUGCCAUCUAAGGUCCUCUGGGUCCGUAGAAUCCGUGUCUUGCGUAGACUUUUGAAGAAGUACCGUGAAGCCAAGAAGAUCGACAGACACGCUUACCGUGAGUUGUAUCUCAAGGCCAAGGGUAACAUCUUCAAGAACAAGCGUACUUUAAUUGAAUACAUCGUUAAGUCCAAGACCGAGAAGCUCAGAGAGAAGCAAAUUAACGACCAAGCUGAAGCUCGUAGAUUGAAGAAUCGUAACCUCAAGGAGCGUCGUACUGCCAAGUCCCUCGCCAAGGACGCCACCGCUUAA